GUAUCAGGCCACUCAGGAGGCUCCUCAAUCUUGGGGUAGAUCUUAGGGGGGCGUGCAGGUGGCGGGCUAUGCCUGCUCUCCUUUUCAGGUUUCGGUUUUGUUUUCUCCUUCACAUCAUCUUCCCAGACCAUCAAGAUCUUAGUGCCGGGGUGGAGGGGUGGGAGGAAUGGACGGACCCACGGGGGUGGGGAUCAUGCCAAAUCCUCCCAUACUACAAUGUAUGGCUACUGGUCCGGGUGAGAUCCCUCUCCUUCCUGAAGAACAAUAGCCUUCACGGCCCUGAUGGUUGGUAAAUCAAAAGUCCCCAUGAAUGGCCAUCCCACACCAAACGUGGGCCAUUCUGAGGAACAAUAAGUCAGCCAAGGUUGUUUUUUAACUACCACUGAUAGGUUCCGUCCUCUCACCCUAACGUCCAUCCAAUGGUCUUGAGUCAAAGACAGAGGGGUCGUCACAGUCAGCCCCAUGGCAAAGAAAAAGAACACCAAACACAGAAACAGAAUACAGACAACAGACACUAACAACUAACACGUCCAAGCACACUUGUCCACGCCUAUACUUAAAUAGGCAGCCAAACUCGACCUCCGAUGGAGUGGGAUUCCUCGUCCACUCCCGCCUAGGUAAAAGGAGCACUCCGUCUCCUUUGUUCCAGAAAACCGCAGUCAGGUCCUCCUGACUGCCCACAGUCGGGCUCUCCCGACUACUCUCCGCCUAUGGAACAUCUUCCAGGGCUGCAGCCUGUGGGACUGGGGCGUCCCCCCUUCCGAGGCCACAGGGUCCUCACGAACCGCAGAGGCAGCUGCACAGAGCGGGGAUACACAUCCACUCUCCUAGCACAGGGUGGGGAUACACAUCCACCCAGGUGGGGAUACACAUCCACCUUCUUAAUACUGACUGGUACCAAGACAGACACACACGCACACAUGCAUGGCGGCCGCCCUUUCACAUUCAACACUCACACUAAUGUACCUCCAAGGGGUCUUCGGGUCCCCAGGGGCUAUGCAUGGAUCCCAGACGAGCCCCCAAAUGAAAGAACCUCGCUCAAGUCUUGGGAUGGCGCACCCCAGGAAACACGAGAGACCGAUCUUGAUGUAAAAGCAAGAGGCCGUUUAAUAAUGACGGAGCUCCGGGCCGACGCAUAUCUCACGCAGGAGACAGAGGAGUCGACCCCGAAACUCAAAAGUCAGGGGUUUAUAUAGGGAAAGCUAGGGGGUUUGGCGCAGUUACACACAAUUGGCUAAUUUCUGGCGCGGCUGUAAGUGAUUGGCUCAUUCAAACAUGGCAGUGAGAUUACAGCACAGCAGGAGAGUAUGUGCUGACUGGAGCAUACAGGAUUUUAGGAGCCAGGGGCGUAUCAGGGUUUGAAGGACAUCUGGUUAAGGUGUGACUCUGAGUAAGCUGGGGGAGGUGUCCUCCUGCCAAAUGGUUUAUGAGUCAGUCCUGAUAGCUUGGGCUGGUUCCUGCAUUCCUUUUCUUUAUCUUUAUGGCCUGUCAGUCCUGCCUGGACAGUGUUUAGCCCCGAGUCUGUGGAUUUUGAAACUUACUCUUUUAUUUUAUAUUUUUAAACCUUAAAUCUGUAUAAUUUUCCUUUCACAUGAACCUGUCAUCUCACCACUUAGUGUGUCCAUCUAGAAACCAAUGUGCAACAAAUUCCCAACUGCCUUCUGGGGCUUCAGCACAGCAUGGUCACCAGUGUUUGAUGUGAUUCAAUCUAAUUGCUGUAAGAAACCCAUUUGUCCAUCUGUCUGGCCCAGCCAUAUGCUUCAUCUAAGUACCAAAGUUUUGAGGGACAAAGCUUGGACUCUGACAGUCUCAACUAUCUAAGCUUGGUGCUCACCCCCCCCCCACCCUGUGCACAAGUUAAAGAGAAAAAUAACAAAUACUGAGGUUCCCCAAGGACCUUCUCGGUCCUGACAGGGGCUAGGUUUAAGUAGAAAUCAAGACAUCUGCACAACUAAGUAACCAUGUUCCGUGGGAGAUCCCAUCCAUGCCCGAUGAUCUACCUUGAAAACUUGUCAGAUGUGUUUGAAAUCUCUUCCUGGGAAACAAGCAACCCCUCUGAGAGGCACAAGGCCACACCUUUGCCUCUAACCCACUUUACCUCUUACUGCCCCAGUGUCUUAGUUAGGGUUUACUGCUGUGAACAGACACCAUGACCAAGGCAACUCUCAUAAGGACAGCAUUUAAUUGGGACUGGCUUACAGGUUCAGAGGUUGAGUCCAUUAUUGUGAAGGCAGGAGCAUGGCAGCAUCCAGGCAGGCAUGAUACAGGAGGAGCUAAGAGUCCUACAUCUGCAUCUGAAAGCUGCUUCCAGAAUAUUGGUUUCCAGGCAGCUAGGAUGACGUUCUUAUAGCCCACAACCACACUGACACACCUACUCCGACAGGUCCACACCUCCAAAUAGUGCCACUCCCUGGGCCAAGGAAGUCAGGAUGGGAACAACAGGGCAGGAAACUUGUUGGAGGUUGCUCUGGUGCUGUGUUAAAUUCUGACUCCCAAGAUCUGGUUGUUCCUUAACUUAAAGCUUUUGGUUAAAUAAAAGUGGCCAUAUCCAGUUAUUAGGGGAAAAGAGGAAAGUGGAACUUUGGUUACUGGGCCGGGGGGGUCACAGGUAGGGACCAUGAGAGGAAGAAGAGGAAAGAAAGGAGGAGAAGGAGAAAGAAGAUAGAGAAAACAGGAAAUCUCCAUGAGAGAAGAUGGACCAGGGGCACAUGGCCAAGUGAAAUGCCCCUUGAGGACAGACUGAUAGAGCAAAAAUUACCCAGACAAGACUCAAACUGAUAGGACUUGGGGAGCAUAGUUGGGAAUUAGCCAGUCUAGCAUAAUAAAAAAUAGAUUAGGGUUAUUUUGCCCAGUAGUUUUGAUAAAGCUGAUUAAAUAAAUCUAGUAGGCUUCACUCUCACUCAUGAGCUAGCUAGGGAUAGAAAUGAAUAUUUACUUUUUAAAAUGUAUUAACAGGACCUGAUGCAGGAGCUGAUGAAGAGGCCAUGGAGGAGUGCUGCUUACUGUCUUGACAUGGUGGCUUGAUUGUUCAACCUAACUGCUUUCUUUCAUUCUUUCCUUCUUUCUCUCUUCCUUCCUUCCUUUCUUUCUUUUUUCUUUCCCUUCUUUCCCCUCCUCCUCCCCUCUCUUCCCUCCUCCUCCUCCUUCUCUUCCUCCUCCUCUUCUUCUUCUCCUCCUCCUUCUCCUUCUCCUCUUCCUCCUCUUCCCCUUCUCCCCCCUCUCCUCCCCUCCUCCUCCUCCUUCUGCUUCUCCUUCUUCUUUUUUCUUCUUCUUCGGGCAGAGUUUCUUUGUGUAGCCCCAGCUGUCCUAGAACUCACUCCAUAGACCAGGCUGGCCUCAAACUCAGAGAUCACCUUUCUCUGUCUCCCAAGUGCUAGGAUUAAAGGCAUGUUCCACCACCACCCAGCUUUAGCCUGCUUUCUCAUAGAACCUAGAACCACUUGCCCAAUGGAUAGCAACACCCAAUAUGGUCAGAGCCUUCCCCUAUCAAUCAUUAUUUAGAAACAAAUUUCGCAGAGCUCGGUUCUUAUGGAAGCAUUUUUCUCAAUCAAGGUUCCUUCCUUUCAGAUGACUCUUAGCUUGUGUCAAGUUGGCAUAAAACCAGUCAGGACACCCACCUUGCCCCUUACGCACACCCCACUUCUAAUGGAGCCUAACCCUAACCCACCUUGCCUCCUACCCACUUUGUCUUUUACCCAACAUGUGAUUCCUAAUAAAGUCCAGCCCAUAAGGGUCCAUUCUUUCAGUUGUCUGAUGAUACAAAUGGCUCUCCUUAAAACACAUUUUCCCUUUCCAACAUGGUUACAAUCCUGAUGGUCCUGCAUCUCACUCUGACACAGAAUACGCAUCAGGGGCCAAUAGGCAGUUGUGAGCCACCCAGCGUGGAUGCUGGGAAUUGAAUUCAGGUCCUCUGCAAAAGCAAUAUUCGCUGAGUUGCUGAGCCAUCUCUCCAGCCCCCAAAUAGAGAAAUUAAAAACACAGAAAAGCAUCUCCAAUCAGUUGAGCUCCAACAAAGUUGUUCAAUGAAAGAACUUCCUCAGCCAACAAGGAGUGCUUAACGUAAACAUGUUAUUGCUGGGGUUGGGGAUUUAGCUCAGUGGUAGAGCGCUUGCCUAGGAAGCGCAAGGCCCUGGGUUCGGUCCCCAGCUCCGGGAAAAAAAAAAAAAAGAACCAAAAAAAAAACAAAAAACAAAAAAAACGUGUUAUUGCCUGUAAACCACACUUCGGUGACAUUGACCUUAAGAAGGGAAAGAAGAGCCCAACACAGACACAGACACACACACAGACACAGACAGACAGACAGACAGACAGACAGACACACACACACACACACACACACACACACACACACACACACAAUCAAACCCAAUGGUUUUCUUAACAGUCAUUCACUGUGUGCCUUCAGAAAUCACUUUUGGGUCUUACAGAAGCACUGCCAAUUCUAUUCCAAGAACAGAUGGCGCCAACAAGCAAGGCUUAGCCCUCCUAAGUUACACUGUGGCUAGCCCUGGGUUUUCAUCAGUGACUUGGGGAGACAAACAGACCAGAACUCACAAUUGAUGGGGAAGCUGAAGUGAGAUCAGCUGGCUGAUCUGGUACCCAGAAGCUGCUCAAUGAAUAGUCUCUCUCCUCAGUGUGAUGUAGGGACAUGAAAGUGGGGAUUUUAAAUUCCUCUGAAGAAUCUGCUUCAGUGAAUAUCCAACCUAAGUACAAUCCCUUCAAAUGUGGACUAGCAGGAGUGUUCAAAAACCAUAUCCAGUGUUGUCCUCUGGCUUCCACACAUAUGUACAUACACUCAUGUACAUACAUGCAUGUACACCUGCACGUACAUUAGUAUAAUUUUUUGAGUCCUGUGUUGUGGAUUUUUGUUUUUCAAGACAGUGUUUCUCUGAAUAGCCCUGGUUGCCCUAGAACUUGCUGUGUAGACCAUGCUGACCUUAAACUCACAGAGUUUAAGGCCAGAGUUUCUGCCUCUCAAGUGCUGGGAGUAAAGGCCUGGAACACUCCUGCCUGGUUAUAUUACUCUCUCUGUCUCUCUGUCUCUUUGUCUCUGUCUCUCUGUCUCACUCUCUGUCUCUCUCCCCACCCCCGUGUGUGUGUGUGUGUGUGUGUGUGUGUGUGUGUGUGUGUAUGUCUGUGUGUGUGAGAUUUAAAUUCCCCAACUAGUCGUCUUAAGUAUGUGAUUAAGGAGUCAUUGGGAUGUAAGCAGUAAGGUAGUUCGUGUCUCCCCUUCUUCCUCUCUCAAUGUCUAUUACUGAGUCCUCCACUUGUUGUUCUGACAGCAUGUCUCUCCUCUGCUGAACAGCUCCUCUGUUCUGCAGUCUCCUUUCAGGUAGCCCUGGAGCCUACCUGACCCUUCAGCUAUUCCUCCCACUCUAACUCAGUCGUGUCUCUCUGUUCCCCAUCUUAUAUCCUAAAAGAAAACUUCUGAGAGGUUCUUCUAGGCCAGAUGUUCACAAUCGGUCCCAACAUGAGUCUGGGGGUAGAGUCACUGAGAGCUAAAUCUGUCCCAGCAGACAGAGCAGAGUCCUUGAAAGGAGUGCAGAUGAGGAUGGGGGGAGGGGUCUGAGUAUACUGACCACUUCAUUAGCAGGUUCAGAGGAAAGUUAGGCCCCACCUGGUUGCAGGACAUGUAAUCUUUCAGCUUUGUGCACCUGUUUCUUAUCUGUAAAAUCAGGUGAAGGGCAGCACAGGCAGCACUGGAGCGGUUUGUGAUGUUGAACGGUCUGGGGCUGGUUGCUUUGGAGCUGUCUAGGAUGGAGAUUCUGAGGGAACAUCAGUUGCUGGAGCAUUUUUUAGUUGAUUUGAGGCUCAUGGUCCUGGCACUUGGGGAAGGGGAGUCCAAAGACCAGGGAAAGGGGAAGAGGACCAGGGAGACGGGGAAAGAUCCCAGGGAAAGGAGGAGAGGUCCCACCCAUAGGAAUGGACAGGUAGGGGAAUUCAGGAUGUUGGGGAGCAAGGUUUACACAGCAAAGGAUAGUGUAUGUGAGAAUUCACUCACUGGAAACAGCCAGAUCUUGUGGUUCAGAAUUUAGGAUUUGUAAACACAACACCAGACCAACCCCCAACCAGAGAGUUAAUGGUGGAGUGUGGAGGGGUUUGGAGCACUGGCCAUGUAUUCUGACUGUGGGUGAGAUGAAGGAGUAAGUGGGAGAGAGUGACCAGUGUGUGCUUAGGCUGGUCAGUCAAUAUCAUCAGAGAUCUGGGGAUGAAUUAUAGGAGGAGGUGUCAUCUAAAUGGCCUCUGUAUCAGUUAAAAUAGCAUAGACUUUUUCAUUACCUAGACAAUAGCCCUAGGUUCCUGUGGUCUUGACGGCUGGGCUGUAGUGGUAAGCCUUCAGCUGUCAUCAGGGCAGUGGCCUUGAGGUGUGAGAUCCACAUCUGAGAUGUCUUUUUGUUUGUUUAGGUUGGGUUGGGUUUGUUGGAUUGGGUUUGCUGGGUAAUUGUUGCUGUUCUUGUUCUGUACUUGGGGAAAUUGGCAGCACUUUGACUUGGCAGAGCAGGGCAAUUAACCCAAAAGUAUUUGCAAUUGGAACAGAGUCCUGGCAAUGAGUGAGGCCUGGGCAAUUUUCCCAGUGGUUAGUGUUACCACAAUCCAGGUGGAGUCACUGUCAUCAUUGUGCCUGAUCUGUCUUACUUGGAGAUCACAGGGUUUGUGUUAGGCAUGAAUAUAUCUGAAAGGACCUCAAAGGUGGCACAAGACACCCUAAAACAAAGACUUAUUUGUUCCAGAGGGAUAAACAGGGAAUAAGAAACAAAGACAGAAGCCAGAGAGUGAGCAAGAAGGGAAAGGAACAAGUGGAGGAGAGGGGAUUAGCCCCAGAGGGGCCAAGGAGUACCUCAGGAUAGAGAGGAGACAGACAUGGCCUAUAAGCAAAUGGCAGUUUGUAAACCAAAAAAGGAAGCCCUUGUGUUAGGCUGUGAUGUUUAAUGCUGACUGGGCAUGCUAAUUAGGUGAACCCCAGGAGGGUUUUUGAUUGCUGGACUUCAAUAUUUUGAUAGCUGGACCUCGGUAUGCAGCCUCAGAAGGCCAAAUGAGGAACCAGACCUUGGUGGCUAGGAUUAGGAAUGUAAUCUAACAAUUUAUCAAGGCAAAGGGAAUGGGGGAAGGGCAAGGACUGCUAGAGUCAUGUUUGCCAUGCAUGGGCCUACUAGAAAGCCCUUUGAUGUCUCUACAAUUAUUAAACAUUUAAAUGUCAUAGUCAUCAGAUCUUCGAAGAAUUAGAGGGCCUUCUAUCUAGUAUGUUUGAUUUUAGGCUUAGCUUUGAAUAAAAAUAUAUAAUGUGUGUAUAGUCCAAGGAGGGAGAGAGAGUGGAAAAAUUAUGUAAACCACAGAGUUUUGAUAGAGGAAAAGACUGAGCAAGUCAUUGAGGACAGGAAAGAGUUAAGUUGAGAAAGUGGCUUGUGAGACAGUAGAAGAUGAGCAUAGGGAGGGGGAGGUGGCAGGCUAUAACUAUAUUACAUCUCCAGGAUAGGGAUGAGAGGGAAACCUAGAGAAAGACAAGAGCACAAAGGAAAAGGAAAAAUCAAAAGCGGAAGAAUUUGGGUUCAGGAAGGGAGGCCGGAGCACAGGUAGAUCCAGGUGGAGGGUUUGCCAGCUGAGGCUGACACAGGAGUGAGUGCGGCUGGUUACUCAUCUGUAAAAUUAAGAAAUGAGAUGAGAGUAGAGGCAGUUUGGGCCUAUAAUCUCAGCAUUCAGGAGGAGGAUGAGGCAGGAGGUUCAUGAGUUCAAAGCCAGACAGUGUUACAUCGUGAGAUACCAUGUGUGGUGGUUUGAACAUGCUUGGCCCAGGGAGUGGCACUAUUAGGAGGUGUGACCUUGUUGGAGGAAGUGUGUCACUGUGGCGGUGGGCUUGGAGACCCUCCUCUUAACCACAUGGGAGCCAGUCUUCUAUUGGCUGUCAGGUGAGGAUGUAGAAAUCUAAACUACUCCUGCACAGUGCCUGCCUAGAUGCUGCCAUGCUCCUGCCUUGGUAAUCAUGGGCUGAACCUGUGAACCUGUAAGCCAGUCCCAAUUAAAUGGUGUCCUUAUAAGAGUUGCCUUGGCCAUGGAGCCUGCUCACAGCAGUAAAAUCCUAACUGAGACGCCAAGUAUGAGGAAAUAGUGUUUUCCAGACAGAAAAGGCAAUUACAGACUCACAGAGGCUGUGACAGCAUUUGCAAGACUUGCUGAAGGUGACGCCAGAGAAGAUGUUAGCACAGGGCCUAGAAAGUGGAUAACAGAGUCCCACCCUUGGCCAAGAAGCUGUUCACAAUAGCUUUUGGGGGGCAGAGGACAGUGUUUGUCUAGUCUGGCCACACUGGAUAUAUAAGCCAUGCUUCAGAACAGGCCCCGUGUCCAGGAGUAGCUAGUCAACACAAAUAAGAUUCCACAUUUCUGGGUUUUAUUUUGUUUUUGUUGUUUAGGUUUGAAAAGUGAAACAAAGAGAGAGGGAGGUGAGGGAGGAACUGAGUGGAGUUGGGGAAGGUAUUAGUAUAUGCUAAAGAUGUACGGAAUGCUCAAAGAAUAAAUAAAAGCAUUUAAAAACAAAAGAUGAGCUCAAAAUUGAGAGUAAAGAGCUUCUCCACGUGUCAGGUGCCCUUCUAAGCACUUCCUGGGCACUGACUUACUUAACAGCUGGGAAACAUUGAACAUGGGUCACUAUAGACUUAAAGCUUAUACUAAAAUUCAUAUGUUGAAAUCUCAGCUUGAUAGUUUGAGGUUAGGGUGUGUGUGUGUGUGUGUGUGUGUGUGUGUGUGUGUGUGUGUGUGUGUUUUGCUAGGGAUUGAAUUUGGGAUCUUGUAUACACAGGCACUCUACUAUUGAGUGAGGGGUCUUCUGAGUGGGAUUAGGAAACCCCAGGAAGCGCCUUCUACUCUGUGAGGACAAAUGGGACCAUCUAUGAUUUUAGAAAUGAAUAUGAUGAUAUCUUGAUCUUAAAGCUGCACGCACACUGAAGAGUACUGUGUUCUAUCAGUCAACACUAAGACAGGCGCCAUCCAUUCCUGAAAAACCCCCGGAGCAGACAGACCCUCACUCAAGUCUCGGGAUGACGUGACCCCCCAAAAACUCACGUAAGACCAUCCUUGCUGUAAUUAAACGAGGUUUAUUGAUAGGAACCAGUGCACUGGGGUCAAGACUCGUAUCUUACACAAGGGUAGAGGGGUUUGACCCAGAGUAGCUUAAAGAAGGGUUAUUUAAAGGAAGAAGCCACAAUCCAAGUGAGUAGGGAUGGCAUCAUUGGAAAAUAUCGAGAAUACCAGUGAGAAAUCACAAGGAGAAGCUUCCUGUCUCUCAAGAUUGCUUUUAAGAUUGUAAUCUAACUUUAUGGUCAGCUAGUUCCUGGGAGAAGCUUCCUGUUUUCUUUACUAGGUCGGGAUCAGUACUUAAGGGCCUUAUUUUAUGGCCUUUUAUCUAGUUCUAUACAGAGAGCAGGCUCAAGAAAUGUGACCUUUUACCUACUAACAGGCAGAGAGCAGGGUCUGGAAUUUGAGGGUUUUAGGGCUCCUUAGGGGUGAGAGAGCAUUUUAGCAUUUUUUUUUUUUUUAAUUUUGAGUGCACUCUAGCUGUCUUCAGACACACCAGAAGAGGGCAUCGGAUCCCAUUACAGAUGGUUGUGAGCCACCAUGUGGUUGCUGGGAAUUGAACUCAGGACCUCUGGAAGAGCAGUCAGUGCUCUUAACCACUGAGCCAUCUCUCCAGCCCGGUAUUUUAGCAUUUUUAAACUUCUGACUUCUUGGCUGUAUAUUUUACUCUUUCAUUCAAACACCCAGUAAACUGAUGCGAGAUCAUCACUCCGCUCAACCCUCCUUCCCCUACCACCUUGGCCUUUGCCUCCGCACAAGUUCAGCUUUCCUUUCCUAAAUUUCUGGUGUAUGAGUUUUCUAAAAGAAACAGAAAGGCAAAUCAGAACCAGAAUGUAAAUGUUUUGUUUCCUUUAUUACCACUCACCAUAGUCCAAAGCUCUUUAGUAAUAAGUAAUGCAACGGAGUUGAUGCCAAAACACUUGACAAAGUUGUCUGAUUCCCUGGCUGUGCCCGUGGCUCUCUGGAGUAGCCCCGGACUUCAGACUGAUGGAUUAAACCCCGAGCCCUGCCCUAUGAGCUACGGCCUUGCACAGGUCUGUUUGCUUAAUGAGGCCUGCUAGGUCCAAACACCCACCCUGCUUAGGGUGUGAUCACUCCACGGAGCCGCCAGGAAACUCCGGGGAUUCCCCUCCUUCUCCCCCCACCCCCACCCCCACCCCGCGAGCCCGUGACCUGUCCGCCUGCGGAAGUCCCGCCCAGAGCCGCCCCAGCACGCCAGGCUCCGCCCCGCCGCAGCCGCUGUCCUCACGCCGGUGCUGAUCCACGUAAAGGCCGCUCGUCGCCCCGGUGCGCUUCCGCGGCCGGAGCGAAGAUAGGGGCACCGAAAGCCCACAGCCUGGUAGAAGGGCCAGGGCGGCGCCAAGUCCGGGUGAAUCCGGCCCGCGAUGCCUCUCGAAGCCGGCACGCUCACCGCUUCCGUGAAGCAGUCAGGCCCCGGGGCCGCCGAGCUCUGAGGCCGCGCUCGUGCCAUGGCCGCCCGGGGAGGACCGGGCCCGGGCUCCCGGCACCGCGCGCUCCGCGGGCUGCUGCUGCUCUGCCUCUGGCUGCCCGGCGGCCGGCCCGGGGAGCCCGCCGCUCCGCCGUCCGGAGUGGAUAGGCUGCUUCAAGACUUUCGCCGACAGCUGCAGCGGGCACGGCCUCGCGAGGAGCUGGAGCCGGAGCUGCUGGGCGGCCCGCAGGAGGAUUGCCCCGGUGCGGGCGGUACGGCGGUCUACCGGGCGGUGUCCGAUACCAUCAUCCGCACCCAGGACUCCAUCGCGGCGGGAGCCAGCUUCCUGCGCGCACCCGGGACCGUGCGGGGCUGGCGGCAGUGCGUGGCGGCCUGCUGCUCCGAGCCGAGCUGCUCGGUGGCGGUGGUGCAGCUGCCCCGGGGGCCGAGCGUGCCCUCACCCGUGCCGGCGCCUCGCUGCUACCUGUUUAACUGCACAGCCCGCGGCCGCAGCGUCUGCAAGUUCGCGCCGCUCCGCGGGUACCGCACUUACACCCUCAGUCGCGCCGGGGACGCCGCCGGGAUCUCGCCCGGGCCAGGUGAGGACGAGCCUCCAGUUAGCAGGGCUGGGAAGGAUGUGGUUUUGCGUCUGCCCACAGACGGGGUAGUUCUGGAUGGCCGAGAAAGCACAGACGACCACGCCAUUGUCCUUUAUGAGUGGACGCUGCAGCAGGGUGACCCGUCGUCAGUGGACAUGAAGGUGCCUCAGCCAGGAACCCUGAAGCUGUCCCACCUGAAGGAAGGAGCCUACGUCUUCCAGCUGACUGUGACUGACUCCGUGGGUCAGAGAAGCUCCGACAAUGUAUCUGUGACUGUGCUUCCCAGGCUCCGCUCCACGGGAGGAUGCUCCAGUGCUUGCUCGCGAUACCAUUUCUUCUGUGACAAUGGCUGCUGCAUUGACAUCGCCUUGGCGUGUGAUGGCGUGAGGCAGUGUCCAGACGGUUCUGACGAAGACUUCUGUCAAAACUUGGCUCUUGACCGCAAGUUGGUGACACACACAGUGGCUACUUCUGCCCAGCCAGGAGCCACAGGAUUAAAUGAAGGUGAAGGAGACCCCUGGUUGGAGAAAUCCCAGAAAGCCACUACCCACAACCAACCAGCUACUGUAUCCCACCCAGAGAAGAGGAUCCAGCCCACCCAGAAGGCGCCAGAGAGUCAGAUCAACCCUGUCCAGCCAGACAGUAAUUCCUCAGGAAAGAAUCAAGAAGAAAAAUACGAUCUCAAGUCUAAGAGUGACCAAGCACGAGGGGAGCACCCAGCCCCAGAAGCAGGUGCAGUGCUGCCCCUGGCACUGGGUCUGGCCAUCACUGCUUUGUUACUUCUCAUGGUGACAUGCCGACUCCGACUGGUGAAGCAGAAACUUAAGAAAGCCCGUCCCAUUACAUCUGAGGAAUCCGACUACCUCAUCAAUGGGAUGUAUCUGUAAUAAAGUUAUUUGAGCGGCUGGGGGCAGGGAUGGGCACCACUUACGAUCUGUUCUUUGGGUUCUAUCAUUAAGACACUCUGUUUUUGAACUGUGCUAGAAGACGGUGCAAACACAAGCCUUGGUUUAUCCUGAAAUCGUUUUCCUGGGAUGGACAGUGUCUUAAAGGGUAGAGAGGAACUCGUGAGAUGGAAGCUUGUUUGCUGAGACAGAGAGCACGUCACGAGGUGACAGAGGGAAGUCCUGCCUUUCAUUUGUGAGGUGCCAACUGCUGGCCCCUAGCAACUUCCCUUGUCUUCUGGCCCUCUUCUCCACUGAGUUCUCAUGAGCUCCACUUUCCUUUCCUCUGCCAAAUACCUCUGAGAAGGGACCUUAGGUGAAUUUACACUCAGUGAGACGUUACCAAUGGCAUGUCUGGAUGCUAUAAACAUCCUGAAUACCUCAGCAAUGUCCUACAGUGGGGGAAUAUGGCUUCUCCACCCUGACCCACCCUAUGCUUCUGACAUCAGACCAUGGUAGUAGCUACCACAUCUGGCUGAUCUUGGAAGAAUCCCUUUUGGUUAGGGGCGACUGUAGGUGGUCAUGGAAAGAGAGCAAGCUGGCAGCAAAGGAGAGGACCUGGCAGGCAAAAGCAAAUAGAAUCCUGGCCAUGGGAUAUGUGAGGACAAUCUGCACAGUGCUGCUUCUCGGUGUGGAGUAGUGUGUGCAAAUUAUCAAUCCAAACGGCAAUGUCUGGGUGUUUGUGAAAGUGUCACCAAGUCCCGGUGUCACAGGCUUUUCAAUGGGAUAAGCCAGAGGCUUCCCUUCAUGUGUUCUGCAGGGCAGGAGGGACCCAGGAGCCUGUUUGUGCUAGGCAAUCACUCUACCACUGAUCUAUACCCCUGCCCUCACCAUUCUUCAUGUUAUUAAAAUGUUACAACGUACAAUCAGCUAAUGUCAGGAUGUAUUUACAGAGCAGGAAGCACUUUUGCACAAAUGCGCCUUUGCAGGAAACUAGCAUCCAUUUAGCAUCUUUAAGUUUGUAGACAGUAAAGGUAGACUUUCCUGUCGCCCACUCAGUGCCAGGUUAUGCACUCUAGAGGUCACUCUGAGGGGACUGCACAGUGUGGUGCCCAUUUAUAAUCACAAUGUUCCUAGUUCUUUACCCUAAGUGGCAAACAUUACAAAACACUGAAAAACACCGUAGUCUCGUAGUCUCGUUACUUUAGACUCAAUGUAAAGUAGGUGGCCCCUUUAACAAGGGGUUUGAUUUUGGUGAGGGAAUAUAACCUAUUGAAAUGUAUUAAUAAAAGGGUAGUUUUAGAAAAACAAAUGUUUGCUUUUGUCUCUCGAGACUCUAACUCUAGCCUUUUCUGACUGUUUAGAGCUGAGCAAUAGAGAUGAACGGUGUGAGUGAACUCACGUACACUCUGUGAUGAUGUCCGGCUCACUUUUAUAGAGGUCACCUAUAGCCAUACCCAGUGAAUAGAAACUGAUAAGGCAUGUUUCUUUCUGCACAUCUUUUAUAUAAAAAGACGCUAACUACAAUCUAGUAUUGCUUUUGUUUUGAAGUACUUGAGAAAAGAUGCCUUGUAUGUUCCAGUCCUUUAAUAAACUAUUUUAUUCUUAUGCCUUUAAAAAA